AGCGUAGAGGCAGGGGCGGAGGAAGGAGGGAAGGAAGGAAGGAAGGAACGGAAGGAAGGAAGGAGUCGAUAAAAAACAGUGAACCACAGUCGCCCGCGGAGUCCAAGACGGAGUGGAUGAACGGAUCCGACCUUUUUCCUUGUACGGCGUCUUUCUAUAGCUGCGAAGGAGCUGCUCUACAAUGAUGCUCCAACUCGUGCAUCUCGUGGCGUUGUUGGUGUGCGGCAGUCAAGCUAUCCUGCAGGUUUCCAUUUCUUUGAGCAAGGUGGAGUUAAGUGUUGGAGAGUCCAAGUUCUUCAUCUGCACAGCCAUUGGCGAGCCGGUGAGGCUGGAGUGGUACAAUCCUCAGGGCGAGCGCAUCGUGGCCUCCAAGCGAAUGGCGUUGCACACGGAGGCCUCGCGAUCCCGGCUCAUCAUCUACAACGCCAUUGUGGAGGACGCCGGCAUCUACCGCUGCCAGGCCACUGAAGCCAGUGGUCGCAUGGCAGAGGCAUCAGUGGUGCUGGAGAUUUACCAGAGGCUGACUUUUCGAGACAUCCAGUCGCCGCAGGAAUUCCGCUACGGUGAUACGGCGGAGGUGGUCUGUGAUGUCAUCAGCUCGCCGGUGCCGCAGGUCGUGUGGUCCUACCAGGGGAGGGAGAUCACUGAGGAACGCCACAGCAGGUUCAAAGUGCUGACAAACAACAGCCUGCAGAUCCAGCGCGUGACCAAAGCGGACGAGGGAGUGUACCGCUGCGAGGCCAGCGUGGAGGCUCGCGGCGAGAUCGACUAUGUGGAUAUCGCCGUGGUGGUCAACGUUCCCCCGGUUCUGUCCGUUACCCAACAGUCAUUCAACGCCACCGCCGACUACCAGGAGUCCGUCACCUUUACUUGCAUCACCUCCGGAUCGCCCGACCCUGUGGUAACAUGGCACAGGAAAGGCCAGCGACUGGAGCCAUCGGAUCAGUACAUUCCAAGUCAACUGGAAGGGGGGCGGAGCAUGCUCACCAUCCGCAACAUCCGUCAGGUUGACGGAGGCUUCUACUACUGCAAGUCUGCCAACAAGGCCGGCUCUCAGGAGAUGGAGCUCUUCCUCAAAGUAUUUGUCCAGCCCCACAUCACACAACUGAAGAAUGUGACAGCGGUGGAGGGCAACGCUGCCAUGAUUUCCUGCGUGGCUGAGGGCGAGCCGUUGCCGGACAUCUCCUGGAGACGAGCCAGCGAUGGGCGGACCUUUGUGGACGGAGACAAGAGCCAGGACGGACGCUUGGAGGUGCGCGCUCACCACGGCAAAUCGGUGCUGACCAUCAGCAGCGUGAGGCUUGCCGACCUGGGCCGCUUCGACUGUGAGGCGCUCAGCAGGAUCGGAGGGCAUCAGAAGAGCAUGUUUCUUGACAUUGAGUACGUACCAAAGUUCUUGAGCAACCACACCAUCUACUAUUCUUGGGAGGGCAACCCAGUGAACAUCAGCUGUGAUGUGAUGUCCAACCCGCCCGCCACUUUGCUGUGGAGGAGGGAACACUUUGCCAUCUCGCCAGAAGGGACCACCAACACUCGGGUGCACAACGGCAUGGGCAAGUCUCUACUAGAGGUUACGCCGAUGUCCGACAGGGACUUUGGUCGUUACAACUGCACCGCCCGCAAUAACGUCGGCAUUCGCUACCAGGAAUUUAUUCUGGCCCAGGCAGAUGUGCCGUCCAACCCGUACUCGGUACGCCUGUCAGCCAUCUCCCAGCGUUUGGCUACCGUCACCUUCAUGAAGCCGGAUUCCCACGGCGGCGUGCCCAUCGGCUAUUACCUGGUGCAGUACAAGGAGGUGGGCCCGCAAGACUGGAAGGACGUCCGAUCGCAUAGUGUGCAGACGACGGUGGUGCUGACCGGCCUGGAGCCCAAUACGACGUACGAGGUUCGAGUGGCGGCCGUCAAUGGGAAGGGUCAGGGCGAGUUCAGUCACAUGGAGACUUUCCAGACUUUACCCAUACGGGAACCGAGCCCACCGGCAGUCCACGGGCAGAGAGGACUGGGGAAAGCCUACAAGCUGGGGUUGGUCAAGCAGGAUGACGGCGGCAUGCCCAUCGUGGAAUAUAUCGUCAAGUACAAGACAGAUAAAGAAGAGCAAUGGAUGACCAAGCUGGUUCCGGGCUCCAAUGACUUUGCCACUUUGCAGCCGCUGCAGUGGAACACCCGAUACGAGGUGGAGAUUACGGCCCGCAAUGUUAAAGGCUUGUCGGAGCCCACCUUCUAUCAGUUCUUCAUGCCACAGAAACCUGAAAUCACAGAAUCCCUCUUCAACGGGCUGAGCCUCGGGGCGGUGGUGGGCCUGGGCCUGGGAGCGCUCCUCCUGCUUCUUGUCCUGGUGGACGUCAGCUGCUUCUUCCUGCGGCACUGUGGUCUGCUGAUGUGCAUCACGCGCACGCUGUGCAGCAAAAAGACAGCCACCGGCGGCAAAGAAAUGGAAGAGGGCAAGGCCGCCUACCUGUGCACCUACAACAGCCGCCCGACCACCUUUUCAACCACAGAAACUGCCGCUGAAGGAAGAAAAUGGCAAAGAGUCUCUCAAGCCGGAUACGAUUGAAAUCAAAUUGCAGGGCGACCGCCGCAUCCACGCCAAGCCGGACGACAGCAAAGCAUAGAAGGGAUGGAUGGGGAGGGCGGCGGCGGCGGCGGCGGCGGCGGCGGCAGCUUUCCCACGAGAAAAUUCGGAUCACCUGACCAAAACCCUAACAAACAUACUGCGAUGGAAGGACAGAAAUACGGGAUGUGUGCAAGGCAUGUGUAAAUAGAAAUACUCCAUUGAAGCGUGGGUGAGUGCUGACAUGACAUCAGUGAAAAAUGAUGAUUGUAUAUUUCUUGUUUUGUUGUGUCCGGUUAUGAUGCUUUUAUUUGACCCCCCCUCCUCUCCUAGAGGAUGUUUCAUAUCAAAAGUAUUCACAGUUGAGUCAUUGCUCCCCCGCUGAGCUCUCUCUCGCUCAGCAUCAUCACACUUGCGGGCGAUUCUAGCAAGAGAAGCUCAACGAUACGCCGAUGAUGUCAACCUUCUUAGUUUGCCUGGCGUGAUUGGGCAAGCUUCAGUAUGGAAAAACUAUUUUCUACAGAACAGGGGGAAAGAAUCCUUUCAUUCUGUGUUGCCAGAGAACAAACAGAAAUUGACUCUUAAAAAAAGACAAAAAAGAAUGAUGUCGUGGCAAGUAGCAUAUGUGGGUUGAGUUGUUUUCAAAAGUCUUUUU